AUGGAUAGUUUCUUCUCGCAGCCCGUUCCAGGGCCUGGAGCGAGUCAACAACACGACUCUUUUUCCUCUUCCCACGCAUCCGCCUUGGGACAGGGAAACGCUGCUGGCCUCGGCGCAAGCGACGCUGCUGUCGCCGGGCCUUCCGGCCGCGGUCGUGGAGCCCAACUCGCGGGCCCUACGCAUGCGGGGCCGGGGGUCGAAGCCGAGGACGGCCGGGGGGUGUCGAAGGAAGAGGCUCCCCAGGGAGGUCUGAGCGCACAGUUCUCUGGGAAGGGCGAUUAUUUUUCUUCCCUUCUCUCGAAGCGCGAAGGCGAGCAAGCCGGACGCUUCGAAAGAGACACUUUCGGCGCUGUCUCCGGCGGGCAAGCGCCCGCCUCGGCCUCGGGGCUCCUGACCACGGCCUUCCCGGGGGCUGCGUUCCCCUCUGGUGGGGCCUUCAUGGGCCUCACGGGGACAGGGGCUGUCGGCUCCAUGGCCUACGAGCCGAGCAUCGUCGUCAAAGAAGUGUCGCCCAGUAAAGUCCAGUUUCUCUUGGAAAACUGCGACGUCUCGAUCGCAAAUGCUCUCAGACGCGUCAUGAUUGCCGAAGUUCCCACCCUCGCCAUCGAUCUAGUCACCGUCUACGAGAACACCAGCGUGUUGCACGACGAGUACAUCUCCCACAGGCUGGGACUGCUUCCUAUCGACAGCACUCGGGUGGCGGAGUUCGUCAACCGCGAGGACUGCGACUGCGCCGACCACUGCCCUCGCUGCAGCGUCCAGUACGCCUUGGACGUGGUUUGCCAAAACGAUUCCUUGCUCGUCACCCACCGGGACAUCGUCGCGGAUAAUGCAGGCCGCGGAACAGCCCUUGCUCCUGGCGGCGGAUUUCUCGACCUGAGCUGUCCCAUGCCUGUUCCGCUCCCGCGCGAAAUGCAACAAAAAGAGAUGGACGGCAUUCCCAUUGUCAAGCUGCGGAGGAACCAAAGUGUGAACAUGCGAAUGACUGCGAUCAAGGGGAUGGGGAAACUGCAUGCAAAGUGGUCACCCGUGGCCACGGCGUCGUACAAGUUCGAACCUGAGAUCUCCUUCGAAGAAGACCAGCUCGCGCGGGCGCCAGCGGAAGUAAAGAGGCAAAUAGCCGCCUCUUGCCCCCGGGACGUCUUCGCCUUCAUCGAUGACACUGCGACUGGAGGCAAUGGAAUGCUUCGCGUCGAGAACAAAAUUAACUGCAUCUACUGCGACCAGUGCAAGAUCAAGGCGCAGGAUCUCGGCUAUCGAAAGCUCGUUCGCGUGGAGCCCAACGAGCGGAAGUUUUACUUCACUGUGGAGUCGACGGGUGUGAUGCCUGCUGAGCAGAUUGUGGAGAUGGCUUUCGACAUUCUGCUGAACAAAGUGACUGAAUUAGACGGUCUCGUCGCGCAGGCGAGCACGCGAGCGACUGGGCACUUGCGGUCUUCGCCGGGGGCGCCUGGACUGGGGAACGCCGAGUCGGCGGGCGAGACGGGCGGCGACAGAGCCGGCGCGGCUGCGCCAGGAGGCGUGGUCCGACUUGACUUGGACUAA